AUGGAGAAUAAAGGUGUCAUGAAGGAGGCGCUCCCUCAUCGACGAGGGGAGCAGGUCAAAGUGCCCGAGGUUCCGUUUCAUAAUUUGAUCUUGGGUGCUAUUAGGGAGAUCGCGAAGAAAGAGCCCAACAAAGUCGCUUUUGUAAGUUUUUGGAGGUGUUUGUGUUUGUGCAAAGCUGGAGUGUCUUAUCAUCAUAAAGCGGUAGGCAAAUGAUGACCUAUACCAUGUGUUUGGCUUGUUCUCUUGCAUAAUUUUGAGAGCCAUUACCCCAGUUUUGUGUUCGUCAAAAAAACAUCUUUCAGGUCCACUAUGACAACCCAACGAUACCGAACAUUACUUAUUCCCAAGUUCAAGAGCAAUGUCAGAAGCUCUCUCGUUUCUUGACGGAUGAAAAGCUCCUUCACAAAGGGCAAAUCUCCGCAAUCUGUCUGCCCAAUUCUUAUCAUUUCGCUGUUUAUUUCCUUGGAGUGGCAGCCGUUGGCGGUGUUACAACUGGAUUCAGUCAUAAAGCCAAGCCUUGUAAAUCUUUUAUGCAACUUAUUAAUGUAGUUACCGUUUAGCCGAUUGGAUUUAUCAACUGAACAAUUCAGAAGCGAGAGUAUUGCUGACGAACAAAGAUGUCUUCGGAAAAAUGCGAAGAGUUUUCUCACAAUUAAAGUUUUUGAAAGUAAGUAUAGCCUUACAAUACCCUAAGGUUUUCAUUAUUUUUGGACCGUCAUCUUACUGGACGCACAACCGAACGAAAUUAUUGUACAACCAAAAGUUCGGGUAG